CAAGCUUUUUGGAACAAUUUAACUAAACAAACUACAAAGUGAGUACAUAUGCAUCUAAAGAAAACGCAUAUGUCUGCAUUUUGUUUACUUGUGUAAUUGAUAAUAGUCUACAUUUUUCAUUAAACAGUACGUUAUUUUGUAUACGUUCAUGAAAAUGUAACUACACAAGGCGGCAUAUUCGGACCUGAGACGAUUUGAUUUUUGUGUUCCAUGAAAUAUCAAUAGAAGUGGACCCAUCUAUUUAUAAUGUUAUAUAUAUAUAUGAGUUAACAAAUUUCUAAAUGUCAUUUUGAUUCAAAGAACUCCCAAUUUUCGUUAAUGGAGUUCCCUAAUCUAGGAGCUAACUGUUCAGUGCCAACUUGUCGAAUGCUUGAUUUCUUACCCGUUCGAUGUUCUGGAUGUCAUGGUGUUUUCUGCAAGAAUCACUAUCUGUACGAUAGUCACAACUGUAAAAGUCCCGAUCUUAAGGAUAAACAGGUUCCUGUGUGUCCCUUGUGCGGAACCAUAGUCCCUCUGAAACCAGGCGAGCUUCCAGAUGUAAAAGUCGGAAACCAUAUCGACACAGAUUGUCGGUCAAAGCCAGCUUUAGAGUUAAAAGGAAAGUUAUUCACAAAUGCUUGCUGUGUCCCACGAUGUAAAAAGAAAGAACUUAUACCUUUUGUUUGUGAUAGAUGCAAAUUAAAUUUCUGUGUUUCGCAUCGUAAUGAAUUAGAUCAUGAUUGUAAGGGAUUUCAACAAAAUCUGAAUAAUUCUAGAAAGUUGUCAACUUCUGGUGCAGCAGCUCUUUAUAGAGCUAUCUUUAGCAAUUUCAAUACAAAUUCGACUUCGAAGAAUGUAUCGCCAACAAACACGAUUCACUCAUCAUCACCUGUUGCUACUUCACUGCCAUAUAGUGUGAAUUCCCGUGAACUUCAGGAAGAAGAAGAUUUACAACUGGCUUUAGCAUUAUCUGAAUCACUUUCCAGUCGAACAUCUCAUUCACAACCAUCUAGAACAACACGUCAUAAUACCCCUUCAAAAUCGUCGUGUAAUAUUUCUUAAUUUAUUUCCUAUUUCUGUGUAUAGAGUAAACUCACUUUACGCCUCAGGUUAUAUAUGUUCAUGUACUAAUUCUUUGAAAUACAAGAUUGUGAUUAUGUUUUUCUUUCCUGGUAAUAUUUAAAAAACAAACAUGUGUCGUGAUUUUACAGCUUACUUUUUUUGACCAACACAGAUUUUUAUUUAUAAAAAAGUGAUGUAAUUUACUGUUUCAAUUUGUUCUAGUCAGAGUUCAAUAUUAUCCCCUUAUUAUUAUUAUCUAUAUUCAGUGUGGGAAUUGUGUACAAGCUUGAGUGUGAUGAUGAUACUGAAUUCUUUCUCAAAUAGAGUAUAUUUUCCAAACUUUUUCUAGAUUAUUUCGACUCAUUUGUGGAACCUAUCAAUGGUGAUUAGGGCAAAGCGAAUACAGGAUUCCAACUUCCGAUUCAAUUUUGAAAAUGAAGAGGACUGUCAGCUAACAGCAAAGUCAGAGUUUCCAAUACAGACGUAAAGACAGUUCUGUUGUGUGGGGCUAAAACUUGUAGAACUACUACAACCAUCAUGAAAAUCUUUCAGAUUUUUACAAACAGUUAUCUACACAAGAUGCAUCAUAUCGGUUGACCGGGUAUGAACAGUAACUACCUGUUGUGGUAGAGAACGGACCAGCCUCGAUCUGAGGAGGUAAUUAGGAAAAGACUUUAGAGGUGUGUAGAACACAUUGCCGAAGUCAUCAAACUGAAUCAGAAAGCAAGCUUUAAUAUGAAAUCGUGAAGGAAGAUGAAAAGGCGCAGACCAACGACACAGUGCGCCGUGAACUGGAGGCAGACAACAAGAGAAUGGAUAGCGCUUUGCGACAAUUAUAGAGGAGAAUCUAGGACAUAGUUGGUUAGUGAAUAAUGGUCAGCGAGCCAUGCUGCAUGAGGGAUAAUAGAGGUAAAGAGGCAAAUGUAAUUUUAUUUAUUUAUUUGAACACGUAAAUUUGACAUAGGGUUCGUACGUUGAAGGCUCCAAUGUGUAGUGUGGAGCGAGGUUUCAGUAGACCUGGGACAGUAUUUUGCGCACUAGAAUCGUUGGCUAUGGUGACACUUGAGGAGGAAGCCGAAAGAGGAAGUUUAGAGUUUGAAGUCGAUGUAGGAGGAAUAAUAGGAAUUGAAGAGGAAGGUUGAUUAUGAAUACAGUGGUCUUCGGUGCUGUUAGAGGUAUGAAGGCGGUUAUCACUCCCGGUUGCCCACACCGAGGAAGGGUUUUUCUGGAG